AUGUGCGAACCAGACAUCGUAUUUGAUGGCCUCGGAGACACCAAAAUACAAGUCAAAAGACGUUGCGGCCUCGAGGCCAAGUCGCGCCUCGUCUGUUCUCGGGCUCUAGCUCGAGCCUCACCAGUUUUACACGUCAAGCUUCAGGAAUGGUUGUCAUCCGAAAAGGCUACGUCUUCUCGGUUGCAUCGCUUGGCGAUUGACCUUCCCGCUGGCGACGACGACUCCCUGACGCUAUUUCUCAACAUCGCGCAUGGGCGCUUUCUCGAAAUACCCCGAAAGCUCAGCAUCAGUCAGCUGUACAACCUAACCGCACUGACGCACUGCUAUCAAAGUACCGGUCUUUUAGACCCUUGGGCUGACUCGUGGAUAUCCCUCAUCGAAAGUCCUGCUCGUGGAUUGAACUUGGCAAAAUUGCUCUGGAUAUUUUGGGAGCUUGGAAAAGAGACUGCUUUUACCGACAUGGCUCACAGAAUGGCAAUGGAAUUAGAUGCCACUGAGCUUCAGAGUGUUCGCCAACUUUGGGUGUCCUCAAAAACAACAGGUGUUCUUGGUACGCAAGUUGCACCACUGCUAAAACUUUGCCUGCCAGUCUUGUCAAGCUAA